GUUAUCACAGAAAAUCGAUACACUGAAGGAUAAACUAAUAGAACAACACCAACUUCGUAGAACAGAACCCCCUUUACUUUUCAUCAUCCCACGGCCUCCCCCAGUCGCAACAGCAACCUGGCCGCCCCAGGCUUUGUCCGUGAACAAAGAAGUAUGUUUUCCACAGAGACAUGUGAAGCUUACUUCAACCCGCGUUAUUUGAGCUGGACAAUCAAAGGGAAAGAGAGCCAUGCAUUGCACAGGAUGCUUGGAUCAACCAUUAGGAUCAACACGCGGUUUGUUGUCAUUUGAAACCUGCUUGACAAUCAGAACAAGAUGGCUCACCGGACGAAAGGCUCGCUGGGGAUGCAAGCUACUCAAGUGCAAUUUGCACUCGUCCUGUCCAUGUUAACCAUAUUUGUGGUUGAUUCAUCUUCCUUAUGCACUGUGUUUGAGUUUCAAUGCUCAACUGGCAAAUGUAUUCCGACCGACUGGAGAUGCGAUGGCCGCAAAGACUGCAUUGAUGGAUCUGACGAAAACUUAUGCCAGAAUGGACUUCCUGCAAAAAUCACAACUUUUGAGGUUCAGCAGAAAGAUUCACGGUCUGUGAUCGUAAAAUGGUUCUCAAAUCGUCUUGUAAAUUCUCCGCCAAUUGUAUCAUUUACACUCACUUACAAAAAGAUAUCAGAUGUUGAAUACAACAAUAUUGUCAUCAAGGCAUUUAAACGUUCAUACGUUGUUAAAGAGCUGCAACCGCUCGGCGUUUAUGAAUUCAAGAUACAGGCUACAAAUAGACUUGGAAAUGGGCCAGCAAGUGAUCCUAAGUUGCUAAAAAUCGCAGAAAUCGCAGUAGAAAUACGAGAGCGAGAAAUGCAGUUAAAAGGCGUGCCUUUGAAUUCCAGUGCAAUCAAGCUUUCAUUAACUAGAAGAGAUCCAUCACCCGUUUUCGGAUACUUCAUUAGAUACAAACCGAUAAAGGAUCAAGGCUCACUGGAAUACACACAAUCUUUUGUGGGCGAUAAAACGGAGUUUCUAUUGACGAACGGAGUAAAAGAGAGCACCACGUACCGAAUAAUCAUCCAAUCUUUCAGUAUACAUGGCUAUGGUAGAAAGAUAGGCCCAAUAAUGGUGACUACUGCAAAAGCUGCUGUGAAGCCUCCGCAGUUCACUGUGAGUACUGCAGAUAACUCCCUUUAUCAUGAAGCCUUUUUGAAAAUAAGCGAUACAGGUAAAGCGAAAGCCUAUGCCCUUCGUGUUGGGAGAAGUUUGGUGAAAUCCUUUCCUUUUAGCAGUGAAAAGGUGGUGUUGCUCCCUGCAGAUUUCAGUGAAGGUGCAGUUCGUAUCAAGCCCCUGUUAUGGUAUUAUUUUGGGAUGUCCCUACAAAGCAACGACGGCAGGUGGUCACAGGAGAGCUUCAAAUGGGUUCGAGGACCUCCAACAGGUUAUACUGCAUUCUCAGAUUCACCAAAUAGUGUGACACUACUUUGGUCUCGGAUUGACUCCAGUAAUGACACUGAAAACUACAUAGUUUCAUUCAAAGAUGAAAAUGACCUGAAACCAUCAGAGAUAGAGGUAAAAAGGCAGAGGGAUCGGGAUUUCACUAUUAUCACCAUCAAUUCACUACGUGAGGCCACUACAUAUGACUUUCGAAUUCGAAACGCUGGUGAAAAUUGCGAUCCCACGAAACAAAUCCGUCUUUCGGUGAAGACGCGACCUGCGAAGGAGGACUCUUAAGUAGUAUGUAUGUAGCAAUGGCGGUUGAUUCUUUUCAUUCUUUAGAACACUACAGUUUUAAAUUUUUUAAGGACUGCCAAAAAGUUGUUAAAAAACGAUUUUAUCUUGAAGUAAUUCAGAAAUUACAGCAAUACACCACUGUGCUUUUAUUUGCAAUCAAUUUCAGCUUACUGUAGUUAUAGCUUCCUACAGAUCCCUCAUUUAUACACGAGACAUUGUGCUAUAUUUGUCAGCAUUUCUAUGUGUUAGGGUCUGCUCCCAAAACACAAUAUUUUUUCAUAUGGAGCAAAAAGAGAAGAUAAGAAUAAAUUUCAGCGUUCUUUCCUUCUUUUUCCAAGCAUAGUGUUCAGUUGAUCUCAUUCCUUUCCUCUAAUAAUCUCUAUACUUUCCUGCAAGAAGAAAUGCGGAAAAAUAUCUUAAUUGGCUGAAGCACUAUCGUUUUACUUCUUGAAAUUGCUUUGGACCUUCGAAGUUAUCAUUAAGAACGUGGGCUGGGGAGAGGGGGGUAUGAUCGGCCUCUCCUUGGAUAACACGAGACAGGGUCUAAAAUAAGAAAUUUUUUCAGAUCCACAUUUCUUCAAAAAAAAUUGUGCGUGGUACUGCUAUUGGCAAAUAUAGAAACUGCCAAUAUAGUACAAAUAAGGAUGUUUUAAUUGGCUAAAUUUUAAAUGAAUGAAGUAUAAGAAGCUAAUUCUUUUCAGUAUAUGGAUUGGAUUGAUAAGAAAAUUAGCAACAUAUAGAGAUGUCUUAGCUUGUGAGCAAAAAGUUAUCAAAAGAAAACCCUUUGACAUGGUUUGUUUGGAUCUCCGUCAAAGCUAUUUUUCUUUCCUUUCUCCUUCGAAAACCAACUCAAAUCAGUCUUGCUUCCCAGACUUUAGUGUUUUUGGUUUUUUGGAGCCAUAUCUUUGUUGCUGUUCACGGAACUCGAAACUUGCGAUAUUCAUAUAUUUGUUAAGUGUUUCUGGAGCGAUAUGCGAUAUGCUGUUUUGCCAACCUGUUACUAUCUUUUUGUAGAUUGGAAUCAGCCUCUCUACAUCGGCAGAAUUUGGGUUUGCUGCGAGAAUGCGUCUUACCUGGUAUAAUUCCUCUUAGAACAAGUCUCAGAUCUCUGUGAUCUUAGUAAUUUCUUUCUCAAAUUUCAAUUGCCAUCUGCCAACUUGCUUAAUUUUGGUCCGGGGCAAAAUCUGAAUGAGGCCUUCAAAAGUCAUUUUAAUUGCAUUCAGCCCAUCAAAUUCUUUGUCAUCAAAUCUUUUUUUCAAAAAAUUUGAUACUAUAAACGAGAAUCUCGUUACAGAUGGCAAAUAAUCUCUGCUUUCACAUAUGUACAAAUUGUGCUUGUCUCUUCUUAUUCUCUUUUCGCAUAGUCUGAAGGCAUGAUCGACCCCCCCCCCUCCCACCCCCUCCCCUCCAUCUUGUUGGCAACGCAAACACCACGCACCAGCCUAAAGGGGAAUGGCUGGAACGGAGCUAGGGGGCUUGCCUUAGAUUUUUACGGCCACACCAUUUGAAACACCGGAAAACAUUUGCUUCUUUGUGUCCUUAUUCUUAAACAUAACGAUUCAGAGAAGAUUUAAAUUACUAUAAAAACACAAAACCAAGUUAGAUAAAAUACAAAUUUAUUUUUGACCAAGCAAGUUAAAGCACCAUGAAAAAGACAAAAACGGAUUUCCAGUCAAGAAGAACUGCUACUAAUGGGUUCGUUAGCGUAAAUUUUAAAGACAUUUUCUAACCUAUGAUUGCAAAAAAGUUAGAAAAGACUAUAGCCCCUGUUAUGAAACAUUCCCAAUUAAAUGUUCCUCCCAGAUACCACCGAGAGGUUCAACUGCUUUAGCUUUAAGAGGAAUCUUUCCAAUGCUUCUCAAAUUUAAAACACUUUAGUUGAAUUGUUUUGCAACUUUUUCUGAAAUCUACUUGAAUCUACAGAAACCCCAAAAUACAUUACGGGCAGGAAAUCAUAAUCUCGGUCUCGGUCUUUAGGCUCAGUGUUUUCUUAAGUAAGUCAUAAAAGCAAGCUAAGUUGAGAUGAUGUCUUGAAGUUGAAGAUGUAUACCGAGUCCAUCUUUCUUCAAAACAGCACGACAAUAUCAUAAAGCGCAAUUGAGUUUUCUCCGCAUGUACUGAAGCUUCGAGUUCUGAAGUUUCUUAAUUCUUUUUUAUUGCCCAUUACUUAUUUCUUAUAGCAAUUUACAUAUAAAAAAUGAAUGCAAUACAUGAGGCUGGGAUUGGGCUUUCACUUUGCAUUGAUGUUUCUAAUUCUAUCUUAGGCGUUUCGAUUGGUAUUUUAUGCUGCACUUCUACGAAAAUGCACUAUUUAAGAAACCACACUUUCUACAAUUACAGUUCCACAAUUUCAAUUUACAACUCAACAAAGUGAGUCAGAUCCACGCCUAUUUUAGGCCCUGGCACGAGAUAAAUUCAACAGGCAAAAGCAACUUUGUCAAAGGAAGCUAAGAGAGAUCUGGUUUAUUGAAAGUUUACUUCUGGCCGGAGACCAUUUCAACUGAAGGUCUCCCGGCCCAAUUUCUGAGCCUAUGCUGUUGAUGAUACAGACUCCAUUUUUUUUAUCGUCGAGGUAGUAGUGUGAAUGAAUAGAAAUUAUGAUUGCAAGAAAUAUGCUCACACUUGUUUUUUGCUUCUAGCAAAAUGAAGAAUAUGCUCAAACGGAUAUGCUCACUAUUUUAAUAGAAGGUCCAUCAUUUAAAAGUCCAUCUCUACAUACAGUGACAGCAUACAAAAAUAUUGCUAAUAAUGUUUUCUAUAAUCAUGUUUUUCAGAUUGGUGUAUGUUUUUUUUGUUUUACAGAAUCCUAUCUGGGAUAGGGAAUUAAAACAGAUCUGGCCCCACCAUGAAAUUGUUACAGGGUCCAUGCCACGGAUUUUAAACUGGAGAGGCCGACAAUGCAAAGAAACCCCCCCUGCCCCCCCACUCCCCCCCCCCCCCACCUAGCUCUAAUUGUGGCAAUUUGGCCGUGCGUGUUUUACUUUUUGACUUUGGUUCAAUUUAUUCGUAGUAAUCUAAAGGUUUAUCUAUAGGCAAUUAUUUAAACUGAUUUUAAUCUUUUACUUAGAGAGAAAGUCGAGAAGCCCAUUUUAUGCAUCCCCUCUUAUGGCUUGCCCCGUCAGAAUACAAAACUGUUAACUCGUCCGGUACCAUCUACGUUACUUUUUCGGCUCUUUUUCAGCUUGUUCUAACACUUCAAUCUUUGUUUUUGUGUUGUUGGUGUCUAGAUUUGAUAGCCAUAAUAUAGUGCUGUGUAUGAAAUGGGGCACUGUGGUGGCAUAAAAAUUACCAAAGAAGAAAAAAAGCCCAAAACCUCAUUAGAUAUGCAAAUAUAUUCUUUCAAAUUAUCAAAUAUUACAGCUCUUGGCACUAAAUUCCUAAAAAAAUAAAUAGCUGAAACAUCUGCCAAAUUCCUAAACUUUAUAGCCCGCAAAAACAUCACUGAAGGUCUUCCUAACCUUCAGGAUCACAAUGUUUUAAACAUGUUAAGUGCGAACGCAGUACAAGCAAGGGCAAGCAAAAGGUAUAGAGUACCGAAUUUUGACCAUAUAAUGUGAAAGAACGAGACAUCUCGCCCAAAUGAGUUUUAUUAAUGUGGCCAGGAAAACCACAGAGUGGACCCCAAGGAAUGGUAAAAGAUCAAAAGGAAGACCAAAACGAAGAUGGAGAGAUGACAUCGAACAGUAGGCAGGACACAGGUGGACACAGUUGGCUCAAGAUCGUCAAGAGUGGAAGCGUUUGUGGAGGCCAUCCGCAAGCAAUGGCGUGACAGGCUGAGAUUGGUUGAUUGACUGAUUAAUUGGUAUGAUUGAUUGAUUGAUUAAGCCCAAAUUUUCAGUUUCUUUCCAAAUUUUCCCGGGUUUGCGACCGUAUUAUUUCUAAUAAACCAAUCUGAAAUUUUGCAAAGUUGCAUGAAUCUGACUGAAGAUUAAUAUCGUAAAUCCUCGGAUAAGCCCCCGGGGGCUUAUUCUUUAUUUCAAAGUUUAGUAUUUUCCUAAAAGGUCGAAAUAAAAACAACAUAAUUUGCUCAAUGAAACAAAUUGAGAAAUUGCAAAAAAGUUUUCUUGCAAAGGAAGCUUAACAGUCAAUAAUGAUUUCUGAUUUUUGGUCCCCAGUCAAAGGAAGUGAUACUGUAUGGCUAUUGUCCUGUUGGGGCUUAUUCAAAGGGGGGAUUUUUUGCAAAAAUGAUUUUUUAGUGGGGGGCUUAUUCGAGAGGGGGGCUAAUUCAAGUGUGGGGCUUAUUUGAGGAUUUAUGGUAAGGAAUAAGUCAUUCACAAAUAUAUUUAAAGGCAAAGGACACAAGACUGGCCCUUGUGAUACACCAACUGUUUAUCUGCUUUUAGGAACUGUAAUGCUAUCAAGAUCAACUUAAUACCAAACUACCAAGAAGCUACUGUUAGCUACAAACGAUAAUGUUGAGGAGGUUUAGUCAAUUAAGGAGAUGCAAAGAAAUCAAACUUUGUGGUGAUUUCUUAGAAAAAAGCAACCAGUGAUGAUUUGAAAGGAGCAAAACAUUUGAAGAGUGUAUGAUUCUGUUUAAUUGUAUUUAAUAUGUUUAAUUCCUUGAUAAAGGGUAACUUCAAUCAACUGCCCUCUCGGUUUUGUCACGAAAGGGCAACACACAUUGCAAGGGACAAUAUGAAAUUCAUUUUGAUUGGAAGAUGGGGUAUUGUUAAUAAAAACAAUUGGGGCAUGCAAAAAUGAUAAGUUCUUUCAGCCAUCGUCAGCCAGACUUGUGAAAAACGUUGGAGAAGCUUCUCUUUUUAAAGGCCUACUGAAAUAGAAACUUGACUUUGCAUUUUGUUACUGUAUUGAAUUCAUUGUGGUAGAUUUAUCGUGGGCAUUUGAAACCAGAAACCAUGCAGCGAAAGUAUCCCACUCCACUACGGUGACACACAAGUUAGUAGUCUGAGUUUGUUAUCCUUAGCUGUAAAGAGUCAAGAUAUUGUAUUGCAACAAAUAAAUAAACAAUUCCAUUUUGCAAACAAUCAUUUUUUAGAUUGCACAAGUAGACGAGAGUUCUGAGAUUAAUUUUUAGGAACCAAGCAGCCUUGAAAUUUGAAAAACAAUACUUCAGCAAUGGGCAUUUUCUCAAAUCAAAAACAGAAAAUCAUAAACAAGGAAGAUAAUAAAUGAAUCGAACCUUUCUUGAAAGUUACCGUUACUUUGCUCCAAAUAAAAAUUCAGUUAUUUUAAACGCUUGUGGUUUUUUGUGGCAAUAUAGCAGUGUAGGUUCACUACGAACAGCUUUGUGGAUGUGUCUCCACGCAUCAGUAUCUUUUUGUUGUAACUGCUGUUUGGUCUUUCUGUGUUAUGUGGUGUUAUACUUGAAGUUUCCAGUUCCUAAUUGAUGUAAAUCAUCCUGCUGCCCGGUUUUAUUUGAUUUUCGAUGUCUUUUCGCGUCAUAGGCCCUGUCUCUGCAACCACAAGUUUCAAACUCAGAUCAACCAGCCAAGGACAAUCAGCUGCCCUAACCUUUUUUCGACAGAUUUUAAAAAAAAUUACAAAUGUAGACCUUCAGAAAUCCUGGAACUUAAGUUACAGCUGGAUUUAGACGUCUCCUGUUGACAUACUAGUCCGUUAUAGUCAAAAAAGAAGGAUGUUACUUUUUAUCAACGAGCCUCUCGUGUUUAAUACCACGCCUAAGCAGAGACAAUGUCGCCAUCACAUUCUUCGCAUUGUUUCACAAUAAGAAUGUAUGCGGAUGAUUGUAUUGUGUUUCUUAUCCUGCACAAUGAAAAGCUUUAUAUAUAAAUCCGAAUUAUUCACAGACAAUCCAUAGGAGCUUCAUGCAUAUUAUGAAUUACAGACGCCCGCAACAAACCAAUCAGAACGAUCGCCGGUAACAACACUGCACUCAUGUGACUUUCAUUGACUGACCACCAUUGUAGAGAUACAUUUGUAGGCUACCAUUGAAUAGGAAAAUGUUAGAUUCGCUGUCUAUUUAGCGUAAAAUGAGCUGGUAGUCAAUUAUUUCUCUCGAUCAUUGAGUCGAAAAUGAAAUGAAGCACCAGCCAGAGCUUUGAGUAUCAUAAACGACUUAUUUUGAACAGAACACACCUGGUUGCCUGACAGUUCAAAAAACAGGAGCUUGCAUCUUAGCUGAGCCUAGUUUUGACAACAAAUAACACAACCCCCCUUUUUAGAAUUUUCGAAAAAAGUUGGAGGGCUCAGUCCCUUUAUCUUUUUUGCUGGAUACAGCCAAGAAUCAUGAAACACAAAAAUAUCUGCGAAGUAUUUUUGCUUCACCAAAGGUCAGCCAUUGACGACUCAACCAGAAAAGAACAAAGAUACAACUGACAGAUUAAAACACAUUGCAAGCUUUAUAUUCAUGAAAAUGUACACAAGGUUUAACAUUUAUAGAUAGAAAAUUCUUGAAU